UCAUUAGCCGGAUGCAAAGCGGUUCGAGUUGUUUUACUAGUCAGUAUUUAUAUAUAUAUUCAUCAUGUCGGCGAUCGAGAAUGAGACGCAGUGGCUGCGUGCAACGAUUCUCCCAGAGAUUCUGAAAAACGGGCGACUGGUGGACAACUACAGCGAUUCCAAGGCGGAUACCUUCCUUGUGGGGGACAUCGAUAUAGACGUGAUCGGACCAUCAGAGGCCUUUAUGCUCACCUUCUGCUACCGGACUACAAUCAACUUUGAGUACGACGGAGAGAAGUUCCAACGAAAAAUGGUCGUUAAGAAAACUCCUAUGAUGCCACCAGAUGUGUAUGAGGCCGUUCAGUUUGGGGCUCUUUUCAGCAAUGAGAUAAACUUCUACACGGAAGUGCUACCAGAGUUACAGAAGUUGGCUGGAGGAAAGUUUGCCGCCCCUAAGUAUUAUUACAGUGAGUUGAAUCCGUACUCGGCCGUGAUCAUUCUGGAGAAUUUUGCGGAGCAGGGAUGGCGGGUGACCAAGGAUCUGGUGGGUCUGAGCCUGGAACAUGCAUUGAUUGCCGUAGCAUAUCUGGGCAAAUUUCAUGGCUUUGCCUAUGCCAUGAAGCACAAGAAUCCGCAGAAGUUCGCCAAGCUGACUGAAGGUAUUAAGGAAUCGCGCUACGCCUCCGAAGUGGUUCAUCCGGAGUUUGAGCUCCAAAUGAAGACGUGCAACAAGCGGAUAGCAAAGGCGGUGGCCACCUAUCAGCCCCAGAUUGACGAGGAGUUUGUGAAGAAGCUUUGUUUUCUGAUCGCGGAUUACAGGCUAUAUGGCAUGCAACGAGUGGCGCCCCGGGAACCACUGGCCACCCUCUGUCAUGGCGAUUAUCUGAGAAACAACGUGGCAUACAAAUAUAAUGACAAGGAGGAGCCGCAGGAGAUCAUGAUGUUCGACUACCAGACGCUGCGUGUCUCCUCUCCCAUGAUCGAUCUCUCUGUAUUUCUGGCUUUAUCCAUUUAUGCCGAGGUACGAGAUGCCCACUUUGAAGCCAUCUUCGCUGAAUACUGCUUGGCCCUACAUGAGAGCUAUAAGAAGCACGCACAGGUGGAUGUUCCAGCGGCCAUGAGUCGUGGAGAGCUUCUGAAGGAGUAUACGCGAUUCCUGCCGUACAGCCUGGCCAUAUGUGCCUCUUUCCUCAUGACUUUGGUGGAGCCAUUAAAUAUGUCGCCACAGGAGAUGUUUGCCAGGCAAAUGACGGAUGAGGAGAUCAUAGAUCAAUCAAUGAAGCAGGGCGGGGAUGUAGUGGAUAAGGAGAUUGCCCACCAGGUCAAGGAAUUGCUGGAACUGAGCCAAGCGACUGGGGUCUCCAUUGACGACGGAAUAGAUUUGGAAAAGUUGCCCAAAGUGUAAUCUUAUCCGUAUUCAAACGUAAAGAAUAAAACGAAUUUGUAUUGACCUUA